AUGAGGCGACAACGACGCGUCUGCAUCAUCCCCCCUCGCAUCAACUCAUUUCUCGCCUCUCCCAACCGGUUCCAGUGUCCAGAGUGCACGGCUACUCCACACGUUCCUCGAGAGAGAGAGGAGGGAGCGACGCGAACGACGGAGGGAAAGGGGGUGGGGGAAAGGUGGAGGGGCGCAACCACAUCGCCAGAGGGCAUUGUUUUGAAAGUGAACGGUCCAUGGUCCACUUUCCUUGGAGUCGGCAAAAAAUACCCCAAAAAGAGGGGUAUUUCGACAACGGAAUGCGUCGAUCACAGCGACGCUAGUUUACGUCAUCCCACAGUAAGACGGGCUUACAGGAAUUCACAAGGUCAUUCAUAUUCAUCCCAAAAAAAAAAUCAUCUGCUCUCUCAAAGCCAAAAAAAUGCCGCUGAGGAUUCACACUGCUCAUCUCCCCCCACGGAUUCAAAGCCGAUGCCAUCAGACGCGCCUGAGGGAUCAGUGGUUGCGCUUCAACCGGAUUCUAACUGUUCGCUCCGCACGCUCUUCCCUCUGCCCCCGAGGGGGCGCGCCGAGAGCGUAAAGGGAGAGAAGCGGCGCUGAGCGUCGGCGGAGGAGGCAAAGGGUGGACCGGUCGCGGCAGAGGUCGUCACAAUGGCAUUACGACUCGAUGAGGUUCGCCAUUCACACAGAGUUUCGCUGUUGUGUGUGUGUGUGUUUUUUCAGGGGCGCGCCGAAACUGGAAAUUCCAGUUUUUUGCGGGAGGGCUCAUCUCCUCCUGUCUUUCAUCCGAAUCCAGGCACGGUGAAGAAGAUGCACUCAUCGCGCAACGACCAGUUACGGCGCCCAUGCCAUCCCUACAAAAAAUGGAUGCCCUCUUCAGCAGGCGCGCCGCGCCGUUCCACCCUCUGGCAUUGCGCGAUUAGCGAUCUGCCCUCCAGGCAUGCAGUGUGGUGUCACAACAAUCCCGAUCGUGUAAUCGUUGUUGUCAUCAAAAGGGAAGAGGAUAUGUGGGGAUCGGGUAAACAAUUGACCUACUGGUACAGUAAUAGGGAUUCGUGA